CUCUCCCAUCAGUUCGUGAAGAGACAAGGGAUCGGAUAGCAUCUCAUUCUAAGCGAGCUCAACUUCACCAAGUCGCUGUUUUGGAGAAUAAUACUUCGUCGAUAUUUCAACCAUUUUUUGACUUAUCUUGACAAGUGACAUUCCAACCAUGGCUGAAACGGAUCCAGAAACAAUGACUGAUGAGGACAGACAACAAGCGGAAGAGAAGAAAAAGGAGUUUGAAGCCGAGGUUGAAGAGGCUCGGAGUGACCUGAAGAAGGUGAUAGAUCAGUAUGAUGAGGAGAUCAAUGUUAUCCGGGAAAAACAGGCUAGCCGUCGUGCCGAGCAAGCAAUGUGGCUGGAUAGGAUAAAGAAGAAUGAAGAAGCGCGCCGCCUACGACACGAGGAGGAGAACCGUCGUAUCAAGGAAGCACAGGAGAAGAAGAAGAAGGAGAGAGAGGAGCGAAAGCGCGCCAUGCAAAACCCAAACAAAUUCCAACCAAUCAUUCAGGAUGAGCGUGUCCGCUUCGCUAAGAUGACACCAGCCGAGCUGAGGAAGGAGAAAGAGGAAACCCUAGCUAAGCGUGUCCCGGUGCUUGACCCAGAGAGUAUGUCAUCAGAUGAGGGCAUGAAGACCCUAGCUACUGAGAUCCAUACCAGGAUCAUGAAAGCAUUCGGAGCUCUCUUUGAUCUUCAGGAGAAGGAGAAGCGUCAGAAGUACGAUAUCAAGGAGCUGACAACAAGAAUCGAAUCAAUCCAGGAAGAAAAAUUGAAAGCAUCAAAGAGUGCAGACGGAAAGAUUCAAAAAAUUAACAUCCCUUUCGGGGAAGUUAACGCAGAAGCUGACUGAGGGAUGAAGCUCUGCAAAGCAUAUCAUAGGACAGGAUGAAACAGUUCUCAAUUUUUCUUAUAAAAACACCCAUUCAUCAAAAUCAAUACGUUUUAUUGCAAGUCUGAUUACUCAGCUUGAGUCUAUUGCAUUGGUGUCAUCUAAGCAGAAACUCAUAUAGGACAAACAAAAGCUUCACAUUUUGUAUUAUCUUUCAAUUUUGUUAUUUAUAUUUCUAACGGCGCUUUCGUUUUGAUAGGACUUUCUUUUGUGCCCUUAAUUGUUACCUAUAAUCACAGGUAGAAAUUCCAGUUGAUACCAGCUGAAAGCAGUAAGGAUUUCCAUCUGGUAUAUCUACUGGUUUGAACUGGUCUCAACUGGUACUUUACCCCAUUCUUUCACUGAUGAUAUGUUCCGAAUCAGUAUCUAAGCAUCAAAAAGUCAUCAAAAAUAUUUUACAAACAAAUUCAUGACUUUCCACUGGACAUGAAUAAGGCAAGGUGUACAGUGUAGGUGUAUAACUUUUUUUGUUCAACAGGUUUAUGAUUUAGCACCAGCCGUGCGCCGAGUAACGGGUGUCGGGUUGUUCGUGGCUUGGUCUUCAAUCGAGGCUUCGGCUGAUGUUCGGUGUCAAGCACCCGGUGUUGAUCUGUAGCCCUCUAACACCAUCUUGACACCGAUAAGAGUUUUUCUUGGCUGAAUACUCGAUAGAAGAUCCAGCUGAUGUCAAAGUGUUUAAACCUAAAUCGUUUUGGGCCUUUACAUUUCAUUAAACAGGGACUGAUGUGUAUAAUUAAAUUUAACAUUGAGUGGGUGUAAGUUUUGGGAUUGUUGUAAUAUUUGGUAAAAACUGUUAAAUUCCGAGUGACUAUAUUAAAUUAGAGCUUGAUAUAAUCGAAAUACCUUUCACCGUGGGUUGGGGAUAUCUGUGGGCCUAGUGUUAUUUCAAUAAAAUAUUUUACUUCGAAAAGUGAUCCACC